AUGUCCGAAGUGAACCCGGAGACACCUAAUGUCCUGCUCCCGCAUCUCUCAAUCAACCCAGAAAGUCGAACCACACUCCUCCUGCUUCAUGGCGCUUUCAGCUCAAAGGAGACAUGGAAGCCGGUCCAUCGCCAUCUGGAGCAAUAUCACCUCCUGAUUCCCACUCUGCCAGAACAUCAUGAGGCCUCAAACGCGCCGGGCGUCGGCGAACUAAGCCUGCCCAACACAUCGAAGUUGCUUUCUGACCUCGUGGACGCCAAGGCGAACAAUGGCCGCGUGCAUCUUAUUGGACAUUCCUUCGGAGCAAACGUCGCGUUGCAUUUUGCCUCACACAACCCUACGCAGAUCCUAUCAGUCUUCGUCGCUGGCACAGCCGGCUUCGUCCGGUCGAAAAUGACACCCUAUGCACUAUGGCUCGACGGCAUUCUAUCGUAUGCCAUGCCGAAGUCACUGAUUGAGUAUCUCAUCGACGCGGACCCCAGCCUCCGCGGUACAGAGAGUUUUGGCGGUUUGCGACCCAUCAAAUUGUGCAACUCUAUCUCCGAAAUUCUCAUGAUCGGUGUCGACGACAAGGAGCUGGUCCCGGCGACGGCGAAACAGGAAUUUCGAGAGAGGGAUAUCAGGGUCUUGGCGGCAGCUGCGACGAAAAAGGGGGCUCUGCCCACGAAUGACAACGUGGAGAGGGCAAAGGCGGUGGCUGAGAGGCUGGGAGGUGUUGCAGCUGAGGUGCCCACGAUGAGGCAUGCCUGGUUCUUCCAAGACCCGGGGUUGUUUGCGAGGACGGUGAUUGCUUGGGUUCAAAAGGCAGGACUGCCUGUGGAGGUGCAUAUCCUUUGA